UUUCCUUGUUGCACAAAACAAUGUCCACGACCAGCUGAGCAGAAACAUGACUUGGAGCUCAGACAGCUUCAGUCCGUUAGAUGCUUUGUGGUUAUGUCUGGCUCUAUGUUUCCUCGUAGCUUUUAUCAUUCACAAAGCCUCAACUCAGCUGCCGGUAGUGAACCGGAAGUCCACUUUGUUUAUAUUGUUUCAGGACCUCAUUCGUUACGGAAAAACCAAGCAGAAGCUAAACCGGUCAAAGUGGUUGACAGUUUUUGACGUUCCUAAACGGUGGUUUUGGCACUUUUAUGCCAUCUCUGUUUGCUGGAAUGUCUUCCUUCUGCUGUUAUCGUUUAACUGCAUGCACCAGCUGCAGCCUUACCCAUCAUGGCUGACUGGGAUGAUGGAGAUUUUAGCAGGUGUACCUGUCUUUGAUGGCCACGCCCCGCAGCUUUCCACAGUCCUGGUGCAGCUGUUGCUGUGUGUCCACUCCCUCAGGAGGCUCCUGGAGUGUCUGUUUGUCAGCGUGUUUUCAGAUGGGUCCAUGCAUCUGGUGCAGUAUUUGUUCGGGCUGGGAUAUUACAUUGUGCUGGGAUUGACUGUGCUUUGCUCGGAUAAAAUGGCAAGAGGUCCAAGCACUCACCUCAAUCAGCUAGAUUGGAUGCAGACGGCUGGGUUUCUUCUCUUCAUCGCAGCCUCUCUUGUGCAGCACCAGUCUAUGGUCCUGUUCGCAGGGCUCCGAAAAGGAAAAUCAGGAAGGGUCGAGACUCUGGCUCAUAGGGUCCCAGAGGGAGGCUGGUUCGAACUGGUUUCAUGCCCACAUUACUUCGCCGAGCUGCUUAUUUACAUCUCACUGGGCUUUGUUCUUGGCAGAUUCUCCGUCACCUGGUGGCUCGUCGUCCUGUAUGUUCUCUUCAACCAGGCACUUGCAGGACAACUUUGUCAUGACCUUUACGUCACCAAGUAUGAGUCCUACCCUAAGCACAGAAGAGCAUUUAUUCCUUUUGUGCUCUGAGAGCUAUGCAGCAAUAAAUGGACAGUGGACUUGGAUUUAUACCUGUUUUAUACAUGGCCUAACAAUUGCUUAUUUACAGAAAAGAUGUGAAACAACAACCGUUGACCAAAACAUCAUUAAAACCACAGAGCUUUAAAUCAUUAAAGCAUGAAAGGGGAUCAUUGAGGGAAAAAAAACAGUCCUCUCUUAUAAGAAAAGAAAAUAAGGAAAACUGAUGGCUAAAAAUCAUAAUGUUGACAAUAACAUUUUCUAACCUCAGAGACUUGAAACUCAUCACUCAAAAUAAACCAUCUGAAAUAACAGUGGAACCUUACAAAAACUUUUCACCAAUUAUAAGUGCUGGAUUACUCUUCUGCCUUUUUUCUUAAAAAUGUAGUAGACAAUUUUUCUGUUUAAUGUUCAUAUUAUCCUUUGGUUGUCCUACAUGCCAAUCUUUGUUUGUUUCCUCUUGCUGCACAUGCACACUUCUGAUGUUCAUGUAUCCCCCGAGAUUUGCUUUCAGCCAUUCAUUGUAGCUCUACUGCUUUAAAAAUGUCUGACAGUCACAAGACCUUAUCUGUCUUACAUGUUUGUGAGAAGAAGAGAAAAUCCUCAGUAGAAGAUAAGACCAGAGGAUAUGCGGGAGAUUCUUAAACAUAAUAGAGAAACUGCAUGUGCAAUUUAUUGAAAAAAACAACUUGGUUGUUGCUCACAUAGAUUUCUGGAAAAUGUUUCCACUAUUCGUUGUUUCUUGUCCUUACUUUUGUUAUAUGAAUUAUUUAAAUAAAAAAUAGAAAAAAAAUGAUUUCUGGAAAAGUCUUGAUCCAUACAAAAAAAUGACCUGAAAUAUUAGAGUAAGUGGGCCAGAUCCGAAUGCAGAGAUUCAUGGUCCUGAGAAGUAAACAUAAAUAUAUUUUCCCUUAGUAUUCUUAAACUAAAUCAAAUUAUCUGAAAUUCCAUGUUUUGAUUUUCUCUUAUACCAAACACAUGGUAUAAUGCUGAUUUAUGUAAUACUCCAUAAUUACAUAAUAGUGCAAUAAGUAAGGCUUAAAAAAGAUUCCAAACUUUCAAUAUAAAUCAAUAUACAUUUAUUAACUAGUAUGCUAUUGAUCCUAAGCUAUUUAGUCUUUUAACUGUAUUGAAUAAGCUAAAAUAAUAUUUUCGAGAAACUAAUGUUUACAUUGUGCUGAUGACGAUUCUCAGUCAUCCAGGUCAUAGUCAUUCUGUAAAAGUUUAAAAAACAAUCCACUGGACUUGGUUUCCAAGAUUUGAAUUAAAAUCUUGCAAACCAAGUCCAGUGGAUUGUUUCUUAAACUUUUACGGAAUAAUGUUUACAUUAGUACAAGUGACUAGCCUUUUAGAAAAUAAAAAUAUUCAGGCUCAGAGCACACAUUUGCUGUUUUAAAUAAGAUGUCAUAAAAUGUUCAUAGAUUUUUGGAUCUACAAUUUUCAAAAACUCUUGGAUCUACAAGUGGGGCAGUGCAAUCUGCUCUAGGAGGUGUUCAAGUUUCAUUGUCUGAAAAAAAAACAAUGAAAUGCUGCUGAAUGUUCUUAAGAUGGAGCUCCGAGACAGCAGGAACAACAGCUUAGGUCUUAUGGGUUACAAAAAACUGCUGUCAAAAAGGUGAAACCAGAAUACAACUCUUUGAUGGCCACAAUGCUUCAAAUGAAAGGUUAAAUACAACUCUUAUAAAACUGUGGCUAAUAAAAGAGUUUUUUAUGA